AAUUCACUUCUAACACUCAGCCUUCCUUGAUACACAAUCACUUUGAAACAACCUAUUGUCAGUUUUCUUUGUUUAUUGAAAAAAAAACAGUAUAAGAUGCCGCAUAUAACUCGAUCAACAGUUGACAGAUUAGACCGCCCUAGCGCGUAUUACAACAGCCGGAACAAGCGCCGGCGGAAUGAUCACGGCCGCGACGGAAGGGAUGGGGAUGCUGAAGGAGCCAAUGCCCAGCCAGAAGAAGCACCAGAAGACCCUCUGAAGAACGCUACUACUCUCUAUGUUGGCAAUUUAUCUUUCUAUACAACAGAAGAACAGGUCUACGAGCUAUUCUCCAAGUGUGGUGAGAUCAAGCGCCUAGUCAUGGGGCUUGACCGAUUCAACAAGACGCCCUGCGGAUUUUGUUUUGUCGAGUACUAUACCCACCAAGAUGCUCUCGAUUGCCUGAAAUACAUCGGCGGCACUAAGCUUGACGAACGAAUCAUCCGUACGGACUUAGACCCCGGUUUUGAAGAGGGUCGUCAGUACGGCCGAGGCAAGUCUGGUGGUCAGGUGCGAGAUGAGUACCGUGACGAUUACGACGAGGGCAGAGGCGGACUAGGCAGAGCCAUCCAGACGGACCGAGAGCGCGACAAUCUGCGGAAUAGAGAACGAGACCAUCACACGGAAGAGGAUUACGGCCGUCUUCGGUAGUCUCGAAGAAUUGCUCGGCGAUAGGCCUUUGGCUAGCAAGAUGGUUCAUUUGAUACCCUGUAUUAGAUAAAGUCUGGCAAAUACAGAUACACACGGUUAUGGAUAAUUCACUGCUAGUUGCAAUUUCA